UUUAAACUUUCCAGGUACAAGAAUCCCAGCUGGGGAUUGGAUGCAUGACAAAUGAGGUUUCACCAUCCCAGAUGCAUUGAUUUCAGCCCCUUAAAUAUGGAAAAGAAAGAUCUCAUUUUCUGACUAGGAUUAGAUUGCCUUCCUACAAAUCUUUCUUUUCUAUUUUGUAGGUAGAAUAACAUAAACAUAUUAACUCCAUGUGCCCUUUUUUUCUGGCUAAGGUCAUGUGCACUUUUUUCUACUAUAUAUAUACACAUUCCUUUGGGUGCUUUGUAUGUGUCAUUUCCAUAUCUUUUCAGAAGCUCUCAUGUUCUAACUAGCAUUCAUGUAAUCUCCUUAGUUCCAUUUUAUGUCAUUUCUUUCAAUUGCAAAGAUGGAGAACCAUCAUCUGCAACGCCAGAUUACCUACAUGAAAAAGCUCCUUUUUGAACAGGGAUUCUUGGAUGAGCAAUUUAUUCAGUUGGAGGAGUUGCAGGACGAUGUAAACCCAAAUUUCGUCGAGGAAGUUGUAACAUUGUUCUUCAAGGACUCUGUUAGACUGAUCUUUAACAUAGAGUCGGCACUGGAGAAGAGCCCACUUGAUUUCAACAAGCUAGACACCUACAUGCAUCAAUUCAAAGGUAGCAGUUCAAGCAUUGGAGCUCACAAAGUGAAGAAUGAAUGUUCUCUCUUCAGGGAAUUUUGCGAGCAAAGGAAUGGGGAAGGAUGUGUGAGAACUUUCCAGCAGGUGAAAAAGGAACAUGCUGUCCUGAGAAAGAAGCUCGAGGCUUAUUUUCAGUUACUAAGACAAGCCGGGCCCGUAGAAACUGCAACUUGGCCGAAGUAAAACCUCACAAGGAUGACAAAAACAUUAGUGAAAGCAAUGAAAAAAUGAUGCAAGGAUUAUAAUGUCAUGAUGUUUUUCAGUAUAUCUAUCUAUAUGUGGAAGUUCAGUAAGAAAA